UGUUAAAUAUAAAUCUCCAGUCACAUUGCACUGCAAAGCUUGAAACCAAAGACUCGAAGACUGGUUUUUUGAAUUUGAUUAUUUGCUCAAAGGUGCGGGUCUCGCUCAUCACGAGGAGGGAAGGCUUUGAUGACUUCCCACUUUUCGUGUUUUUGAAGAAUUUCUGUAACCGAUUUCUACAUAUCUCUCUCUCCGGAUUGGAGUAAGAUCUUAGGAAUGGCAAAAGAAACUUCAAAUGGGGGUAGCCAUGUGGCCACAAAACCACCUCCAACCCCGUCUCCUUUAAGAAACGCCAAGUUUUUCCAGGCCAACAUGAGAAUCUUGGUAACUGGAGGAGCUGGAUUUAUUGGCUCUCACUUAGUGGACAAGUUGAUGGAAAAUGAAAAGAAUGAGGUGAUUGUCGUGGACAAUUACUUUACCGGUUCGAAGGAUAACCUGAAAAAAUGGAUUGGGCAUCCAAGAUUUGAGCUUAUUCGUCAUGAUGUCACGGAGCCAUUGCUAGUUGAGGUUGAUAAAAUAUACCAUCUUGCUUGCCCUGCUUCUCCAAUCUUCUACAAGUACAAUCCUGUAAAGACAAUAAAGACAAAUGUGAUUGGUACCUUGAAUAUGUUGGGACUUGCCAAGAGAGUUGGUGCAAGGAUUUUGCUUACAUCAACUUCUGAAGUGUAUGGAGAUCCUCUUGUGCAUCCUCAGGAUGAAAGCUAUUGGGGAAAUGUCAACCCUAUUGGAGUUAGGAGUUGCUACGAUGAAGGAAAGCGAGUUGCUGAAACUUUGAUGUUUGACUAUCAUAGGCAGCAUGGGAUUGAGAUAAGGAUUGCUCGAAUUUUUAACACUUAUGGACCUCGUAUGAAUAUUGAUGACGGUCGAGUUGUUAGCAAUUUCAUAGCACAAGCUGUCCGUGGUGAGCCCUUGACCGUUCAAGCACCUGGAACACAAACGCGCAGUUUCUGUUAUGUGUCUGACAUGGUUGAUGGCCUUAUUCGGCUUAUGGAAGGAGAGAACACUGGUCCGAUCAACAUUGGAAAUCCAGGUGAAUUCACGAUGCUCGAGCUUGCGGAGACUGUUAAGGAGCUCAUCAACCCAGAUGUGGAGAUCAUAUCGGUGGAGAACACUCCCGAUGACCCUCGCCAAAGGAAGCCAGACAUCACGAAAGCCAAGGAGCUACUUGGGUGGGAACCAAAGGUCAAGUUGCGCGACGGCCUUCCUCUCAUGGAGGAUGAUUUCCGGACGAGACUUGGCGUCCCCAGAAAGAACUGAGAGGCAUAGCUUACAACUACAAAUGAGUGAAGUUAUCUGAGAAGUGCUUGACAUGGGGAUACACCUUACCCCAACCACCGUGUUCCCAACCACCGUGUUCUUUCUCUCUCUUUUUUUUCUUUCUUUUUUUUUUUUCCUGCUCCAUAUUAUUAUUAUUGUUAUUAUCAUUUGAGUUAAGAAAAUAAAUAGUAGUAAUGCAGUUAUCUGUACGGGUUGCGGUACUUGGUAUGGGUUAGGACGAUACUAAAGUUUAUAAAAAUAAGCUUUUUUGCUUUGUGAAA